AUGUCAGAAUCCGUGGACCAAGUCCCUGCACCUCCAUCGACCAAAGAAGAAGAAACCAUCAAGCCCAUCACCGAACGCGAAAAAGAGAGAAUGAGAGAUGAAGCCGUCGAGCUCAUGGCGCAAUACAAAAAAGAUUACAACAAACAAAGGGGUCGGCACCUAGACCUAUCGUGCGCAGACUUUCUCUUCCACGUCACCAUGCCUGAUGGUGCACCGCCAACCGUGAACUACAUCGAUACAGCCGAGAAUCUGAGAGCCCAAAUCGACUCCAUUAUGCGCGUCUUCAAGUACAUGGAUACGGCGCCAUGCUAUGAGGAGCAUCGGACUAAUCGGUUUCAUGUAUACAGACCCCCCGAAGAGUAUAUCCGGGACGCCGAGUGGAUGAAGAAAACACUGGGUGAAUCCGUCGAGGAUGCGCUGGAUAUCUCGACCGGCUCAUUAAUCAAUACGGAUAUUUGUGUUUGCUUUCCAACAUACAUCAUGGGAACUGGACUGCAGAGCAGGGAUACUCCGCAGUCGAAGCGAGAGGGUCGUGUUCUGAGAUUGAAGUCUCUGCACGAAUUUAUGAUGUGGGGGAGUCCGCUCGAUCAGAUGGCGCUCGGAAUUGAAGAGGGGCCUCUUCCUUACAAAAGUGAAGAUGACGAGAUUGGAGAUCUACUAAAAAUGAUUCUCCGAGGAUUGGAAAUCUUUUGGCACAUUCCUGUCGACCGUAAUAUACACAAAAGACUUGGAGGUACUCACAUGUGGCCCCACUUGAUUGGAGAAUGGUUUUUGGAUGCGAUGCGCGAAUGUAUAGAAUGUUGGCCAACCGUGAAAGAAGAGGAAGAAACUAUGAUCCCUAUGAGAAUCCUUCUGCGGCAUUAUGCUAUUAGAAUAUUAACACAGUUUGAUUUAAUGAUCGCCAUGAUUCCUAUUACCGUUGAAGAUCCCAGCACCGUCGAAGAGCCCACCACACCGACCUCCCAUAAAAAUGUGGCACAGAAAUCGCAGAGAUACCAAGAGGAGCUUGGCGAGCUUCUUCUCAGCCGCCGUUGGAGAAGGAUCUAUUGGGAACAAUUUUAUGGUGUCGAAGUUUAUGGAGCGAGGUCAAAUCGUGACCGCAUGAUUUGUCGGAUGAACAGGGAGUCUUGGACCAAUAAGUAUUCGACUCUAUCGACUUUGAGUGCUGCGGAGAGUGAUAUCAGGACCCUACACAGUUUGUUCAUGACUUAG